AUGCCUCCACCAGUGGAUGCAUCGUCGAUUCCUGUUCCCGAGGAGGCCUCGGGCAGCGUGUCGAGUUCCACGUCGCUCCCAUGGUCCAGUCUUCCUAAGUUCAUUCCUGGAACGACGAAUGUCCAGGAAUACACUCAAAAGAUGAAAUUCAUUGCCAGCAUCUGGCCAAAGGAGCAUCUUGAGGUGCUAGCGCCCCGUGCGGCGUUGUUGGUUGAAGGUGCGGCUUUCCACAAGCGAGCCCUCUAUGGCACCCUGCAGAAGAGCGACGAGAGCCACGACUCGUAUGUCGCCAGAUCAGAGGUGCAUUUUGAAGAGCUGCUUGCAAGGGGCACGACCCUUGAGGAGAUUCGAGCGUAUGUCCUUUUACGCCAGUCGACAUUGUCACCCGAUGACCGCAAGAAGAUUGUUCUUGACCAAGGUGGCAAGUUGAGGUAUCCUGAGGUCACUAAGGCCUUUCGUUUGCUGGGCAGCCGUUUUUUCCAAGAUUUGCAGGGCAACAAGAGUUCAAAGACUAAGGUCUAUGAUGUCAAUUUGACAGAAUGUGAUAGCGAACCGGCUUUUGCUGCCUCCCAUGAUGCAGAAUCAGGGGUCUCGCAUCCAGCGUCAUCGACGGAAGCACUCACCUUCUUGACUGCGUUGGACGACGAAGUUGAUGGAGAUUACAUUGAAGCACUAGAAUGA